AUGUCCUCCAGAGUUUCGCGAGAUCAAUUGAGAAAGAUCAAGAAGCCAAUAAUAGAGAAGAAGAGGCGUGAGCGAAUCAACGAAUCGUUGGAUCAAUUGAAGAACCUGGUUCUCGAGGCCACCAAUAAAGAUGCGUCCAUGUACAACAGAAUGGAGAAAGCAGACAUAUUGGAGAUGGCAGUUUCAUAUAUGGAGGCUCUUCGUGCUAUGAGAUUACAGCAACAACAACAACCACAACAAUUACAACUACAACCACAACAACUACAGCUACAGCAACCACAUCAACUACAACAACCACAGCUACAACCACAGCUACAACCACAGCAACUACAACCACAACAGCUACAACAACCACAUCAACUACAACAACCACAACAAUUACAACUUCCACAGGUACAACAGCAGCAACGACAGCAUCAGCAACAACUACUACAACAAUUACCGAGGCAGCAACCUGUUGAUUGGCAAACAUGGCAGCCACAAUUUCAUCCUCAACAAAAUUUUUUUAACUUCCAACAAAUAUCUCCGAAAACAACCCAUCUUCCAGCAAACAACUCGACGCCUAAUGUUCAGCGCGCACCCAACACGAGAAACUCCUUCACUGAUCAAUACACACCAUCGCCUUCCUCGACCUCAUCAUUCUCGCCGUCAACCAGCUCAAUACGAUCGAAGUUAAUUGAAAAUAAUUCCAACGAAGCAGAGAAUCGUUCAAAAAUGUAUUUCGAAAGUUCACAAUCGGCGACAAAUUUUUCAUACAAUCCUCCUCAAACUGCGUGCAAAAGUGCAAGUUACGACAGCUGUUACUAUUCAUACAGCAAUGACGAACAAAGCUCAAGCAUCAGCUCCGAUAGUAACACAAGCGAAAACAACAGCAAUAACUCAGACAAUGAUUACAAAACAAGUAACAAGAAAACAACUAAAAAUUUUAAAAGAAAAAGAACUGACGACGAAACGAGCUCAACUGAACACCACAACCAACUUAAGAAGAUCCAUAAACAAGAUACACAAGCACAAUGCAACGACAAUAAGGUUUCUAAAGAUUCAUUGGAACUAAAGAAUGAAGAGGAGAAUGUGGAUAUUGAAACAUGCAGUCCAAUAAUGAAUGAAAGAAGUCUUGUGGCUCGUCACCAUCCUCAACACACGACUUCAACUCCAGUCAAUCCUUCUUUCAAUAGCCAAUUAUCUCCUCAAAUUAAUGGCACACACUCCAUUAAAAGAACGAGACUUGAAAAUUCAAACGACCUCUCGCAAAUAAGAACGGCCAACCUGUUUCCAAAUGAAGAACGAAACGUGCAAAAGAACGUCUGGAGGCCGUUUUAA